AUGCAGUUGUCGAUCGUUUUCGCUGUCUUAUUGGCAUGCAUUCUACACAGUACCCCAUCUGAUGCAAUCCCUGCGAGGGCGCGUCACCAGACGCAGGUCAACCCAAUGAUGGUUACAAUGCCGCUGAAGCGCUUACACGUUCCACGAAACGACGUCCACCCACAAUUGCUUCUCCAACAACACAUCAACCGUGGCAAUAAACGCCUUGCGCGUAUGACUGGACGUUCAGAACCCGCUGAACAUGAACUCCGUGCAGAGAUGCACAAGAGGAUGUACCUUCUUGAAAGCUAUUCAGUCAAUUCCAGGAGUGCUACCACGGCGACAGGGAGCAACUUUAGCAGACGCUAUUGGCGUCAUUCCAAACAUGUUGUACAUGCAGCAAGCAAUGCUUCUUCCACCGGCACUACUGGUGGAGUUUCUGCUCUCGACAUCCAAGCUGCAGAAAAUGGUGGUCUCACUCCUGCUAAGGUUCCUACUGCUAACAACACCCUUGGCCUUGCUAUUGAUGCGGAUGAUGUUGGAUAUAUUGCAACCAUACAGAUUGGCACUCCUCCCCAGAGCUUUAAUAUUCUCAUGGACUCUGGUUCCGCUGACUUCUGGGUCGGUAGUGAAACUUGCCAAUCUCAGCAGGGUACUUGUGGGAACCAUACUUUCCUUGGUUCUAAGUCGUCAAGCUCUUUCGUUCAGUCCAAUCAAAACUUCAACGUGACUUACGGGUCUGGAUCCGUUGCUGGUGUUCUUUGCAAGGACAACAUCAAUAUGGCGGGUUUGCAGCUCAAUAACCAUACCUUUGGCGUAGCAAACGAGGAGAGUGUGCAAUUCUCGGCCGACACCGUGCCUUUUGAUGGGCUGAUGGGUCUUGCCCAAUCAACACUUUCCAAUGAAAAGGUCCUGACUCCUGUCGAAUCUUUGGCGUCCAAUGGUCUCAUAUCCUCAGCUAUUUCGUCUUUCAAGAUCUCACGUCUCGCUGAUCAACUCAACGACGGCCAAGUUACAUUCGGCGGACUGGACUCCACUAAAUUCGUCGCUAACUCCCUUGUUGCUAUCCCUAAUGUUAGCAAGGUAGGGUUCUGGGAGGGCGCUGUAGACGCAAUCACGGCCAACGGACAAGACACGGGCAUAACCGGGCGCACUGCCAUUCUUGACACUGGCACCACUCUUAUCAUCGCCCCUCCGGCGGACGCCCUGGCAGUCAUCACCAUGCUUGGUGGUAAAUGUGAUACCCAGCAGUGUACAAUUCCGUGCACGUCGAAUGCAAGCCUUGCGCUUUCCUUUGGAAAUGCGUCGUUUGCUAUUGAUCCCAGAGACAUGGCGGUACUGCCUGUCGACAUCAAUGAUCCAACUGGUGACUGCACAGCUGGGAUUCAGCCUGGCACCAUCGGGACGAACACGGAGUGGCUGGUCGGGGAUGUGUUUUUGAAGAAUGCGUAUUUCUCUGUGGACACCACGAAUAACCAAAUUUCUUUGGCCAAGCUUUCAUGA